GUGAGAAAGAAGAAGAAAAAAAACAGAAUCUGACGUGGAGGCGCACCUCCAGCUCGGACAGACAGACACCAGUCCGCCGUGGACGAGCCUCAACACGAAGGACAGGCCGACCGACCAGACUGGCUCCUCCGACCGCAGUGUCCGGUUCAGACUGCGGUCCUGCUGAUCCGGGUAUUUAUCCGCGAUUAAAUCCUGCAGAGGCGGUGCUAUAGUUUAAAAGAAUCCUCGGAUUUGCAAAGCGAUCAGAGAUCAGUUUGGACAACGUUCCCCUGAGAAUGUGCAGAUUUUUUUCAUGUAGAUAAAAACGGAUUAAAUUUCGACAUGUCCUGCACCCAAAGAGACAUUGGAGCUUCCACAAACUCCACAGAAGCCAAAAGAACAGACCCGAGAUGCAACGAGAAGAAAUGCUCAUGGGCUUCUUAUAUGACAAACUCUCCAACAAUGAUCGUGAUGAUCGGCCUGCCUGCCAGAGGAAAGACCUACAUGUCAAAGAAACUCACACGUUACCUCAACUGGAUUGGAGUCCCAACCAAAGUGUUUAACUUGGGCGUGUAUCGCAGAGAGGCAGUCAGAGCCUAUAAAUCUUAUGAUUUCUUCCGCCACGACAACGAGGAAGCCAUGAAAAUAAGAAAGCAGUGUGCUCUGGUGGCUCUGCAGGAUGUGAGGGUCUACCUAGCAGAGGAGGGGGGUCAGAUUGCAGUUUUUGAUGCAACAAACACAACAAGGGAGCGGCGAGAUCUUAUUCAAGCAUUCGUGAAAGAGAAUGGCUUCAAGGUGUUCUUUGUGGAGUCGGUGUGUGAUGACCCAGACGUCAUUGCUGCUAAUAUUCUGGAAGUUAAAGUCUCCAGUCCAGAUUACCCUGAGAAGCACAGAGAGAGGGUAAUGGAGGAUUUCCUGAAACGGAUUGAGUGCUACAAGGUCACCUAUCAACCGUUAGAUCCUGAUAACUAUGACAAGGACCUCUCUUUUAUCAAGGUUAUAAAUGUGGGCCAGCGUUUUCUGGUGAACCGAGUGCAGGAUUACAUCCAAAGCAAGAUAGUCUAUUACCUCAUGAACAUCCAUGUCCACUCACACUCCAUUUACCUGUGUCGACACGGAGAGAGCAACCACAAUGUGGAAGGACGGAUCGGAGGAGACGCUGAGCUUUCUCCAAGAGGAAAAAAGUUUGCCCACGCUCUGCGAGAUUUCAUUGAAGAGUAUGAGCUGUCGGAUUUGAAGGUGUGGACGAGCCAGCUGAGGAGGACCAUCCAGACAGCGGAGGAACUCAGCGUGCCUUAUGAGCAGUGGAAAAUCCUCAACGAGAUUGAUGCUGGUGUGUGUGAGGAGAUGACUUAUCAAAUGAUCCAGGAGACUUUUCCAGAGGAGUUUGCUCUGCGAGACCAGGAUAAAUACCAUUAUCGCUACCCAGGAGGAGAGUCCUAUCAAGAUCUUGUACAGCGUCUUGAGCCGGUUAUCAUGGAGUUGGAGAGGCAGGGCAAUGUCCUGGUUAUCUGCCACCAGGCAGUGAUGCGCUGUCUCUUGGCCUACUUCCUGGACAAGGGUGCAGAUGAUCUCCCUUACAUGAAAUGUCCACUUCACACAGUGCUUAAGCUAACUCCAGUUGCAUAUGGUUGUAAAGUGGAGAUGUUUUAUCUGAAUGUGGAGGCAGUAAAUACACACCGAGACCGGCCACUUGGUAAGGUUACGAGGGACUCUGCUCUCAUACAUCGCCGGAAUAGUUACACUCCCUUGUCCAGUUACGACCAGGUGAAGCGGCCCAGGCUCUACAGCGCGGGCAACCAACCGUGGCUACCGCUUGCCCCUACCCCUUCGGCUCUGAUGCCAGAGAGACUGCAAAGCCAAACUCGGACAGGAAGCAGUUGUUUGACUCCCUGUGUGAAGGAAUCGACUUUGACAGCAGCGAAGAAACUAGUGGCUGUGUCCGCUUCUGAGUGAAAGUCGGAUCCUCCUCCGCUUUUCUUCACAGCUUCUCUGGUCUUUUAUGAGUCAAAACAAUGGAGGGCCUUGCUCCUUUUAAUUUUUUACCACAUUCUAGAUAAUAUCAAGAUUACAGGGAACAGAAGGGUUCCCGCUCAAGAUAUGAACAUGUGAGCGCAAAAUAACACGUUGCUGUUUAUCUCAAGCACUCCGUCUUUAUGCAUGUUAAGACUGAAAACCCUUAUACAGUAAUGCAUGUGCACCAAAUGAAAAUAGUCAACCAAAACAUGCUGUACUUGACAGCUACGGUGCCAUUUUCUGUGUAAAUACUGCAAUGCCUUAGUAAAUGUCAAAUAUAUUGCUAGAAAUAAGUGUCUCCAUAUAACACAGAAUGUUAUAAAUAAGCUGUUUUCACAAUAGAACAAUGUAGGUGAUAUAGAAAUAUUUUUGCAAUGAAAACCUAUGUAUAUGCUGCACAAGCAUUCUGUACUGGAUAGACAUCAUCAGUUACAUCUGACCUGGAGAGAAUGUAGUAAAUAAAUAAAGAAAUUUUUAUGUGU